GGCGAGAGAGGGUAAAGAGGAAAACAUAAACAAAGAAUGCUUAGAUUAGUUCAGAACCUCAACUUUUAAGCUAGAAUAAUUUAUCAUGGAGCAGGACGAAGGUGCGACAAGCGUAGCUGAUGAAGAUUCCUUGGAUCUGCAAGAGACCGUAGCCGAAGCAGAGUACAUUGACAUAAGUGAUGAUGACGAUGAAAGUCUUGAAGAAUUUCCUUCAAGUACGAAAAGACAGUCAGAGAAAUUGCUGGGACGUUACGGUAAAAAUAAACGAUUGAAAUUAAAAGCGUCCAGCAGAUUGUUAGCCAAGGAGCGGAAAACCGACGACGAUAACCUACCAAUAGAUAGAUUUUUGGCCAGCCAGCCCGGUUUUACCACAGAAGAACAAAUUAUUCUCUUGAAAGCUGUCAACGAGCACCGCAAUGAUGUGGCAUCAAUUCAGAAAAUGCUCCCGCACAGGAGUCUGUCCGAGAUCGCAUUAUAUCUGCAACGCAGAAAAUCUGUGGGAAUGAAACUUCCAUACAAGAAAAAAUCUACACGCGACCUUCCAAGCCUUUCCAACAUUGACAGUUGGGUUUCGGCUCUGUCAAAAACCAGAUCUCAACUUGUAAAAAUGGAACUGUCUUGGGCUCUGCAGAUGAUUGCCCAGCAUGAGAAACACCCACCGCCGGAAAAGUGCGGAGGGAUUGACUUUAAAAAAAUGUACCUCUACCUAUCACAAGUUGUAAAUGGAGAUGCCCCCUCGGAGCUAUCCCCUCAAAACAUGGCGUUGCUGGCUGCGUCCGUCAACAUGGUUCAAAGUCACACAACCCAACUUGAAUUUGGUCCUGCCCUUCACAAAGUCAUCAAGGAUUUAAAAGCUCGUGACAUGGAAAACAUUAAAAAGAAAGUGAAAACUUAUAGUGGAAUAAAGAAUACACAGGCUGAAAAUGUUUGCUGGGAAGAUGAAACUGGUUUUAACCCUUUGAAGAUCAAAAACGACCUGCUUUCCAUGGAUCCAGACAAGGUUCAUCAGUUGCCUUUGACCACCGAAGUUUCCGAACCCAUUCCCAGGUCUACAAAUGAGAAGAUAUUCUUUGACAAGAAUGGUGUUCCGUUUGAAAGUGAUUUAGUUUUUAAUGCUUUAAGGCUCGAGGAAAGGCCAACCAUAACAAGCAUCAGGUGCAACGGAGACGACAUUUACAUUCAAAUGCCCAAUGUGACGAGCGAGAGUCUGAAGAAGGUGCACUUCACCUGUGAUGAUGCCUACCCAAAACCUCUGUCCACGAUCCACAUCGACGUUGAAAGGGAUUCCAGCAACUUGCUGACGUCGGUUAUUCCUAAGGACAUGAUUACUGUUGCUUCUUGUGGGCCAGACAAAGAAACAAAAAUCAUCAACCUUGAACAAUGCAAAGUGGCCAUUUCCAGGUCCAGAAUCGUGCACAAGCUGCCUAAAGAUGAAUCUACUGCUACUGACAUUCAAUUUUUCCCCAAAUACACACCUAAAGGAGAUUUGAAUCCAAGUUUCCAACACUACAGUGUCCCUGUGACCGUUCGCAAAGAAUAAAAUAAUAAAAUUUCUCUUUUGAUGA